AUAUCGUAGUUAGUUUGUAUGUGACUGCCGCCAAGGUGUUUUAUUAUGUGUUGUUCGUUAUAAUGUCUUCGACUUCGAAAUUAAGAGAUUGCCUCCGCCAUGCCAAGACACAGGAUAUGAACGACUGAAAGUGCAAAAUGGUCCUCUGAAGAACUACAAACAGCCAUUGAUUGUGUCCGUUCGGGAGAGUCUGUGAAAAAAGUUUCAGAAAGAAUGCAUAUUCCUAGAACCACUUUGAGGGACUAUCUAAAAAAAAAUGAUAAUAAAAAGGAUACAUUGGGGCGAAAACCUAUAUUUUGCCAGGAAAUGGAACAAGAAAUAGCUGAUCAUGUGCUUCUAAUGGCAAAAAUGUUUUACGGCAUAACGCCUAUCGAACUUCGCCGUCUUGUUUUCCAGUUUGCGCAGAAAAAUAAUGUUCAGAGCCCGUUUAAUAAAACAACUGAAUUAGCCGGUACAGACUGGCUUGAGGGGUUUUUAAGAAGACACCCUAGGAUAAGCCUUAGGAAACCUGAGGCUACUAGUGUGAGCAGGAUUGAAGGGUUUAACAAGGAAGAAGUUAAACUGUUUUUUCAAAAUCUUGAAAAGGUAUUUGAAAAACACAACUUUCCAGCUUCAAGGGUAUACAACUGUGACGAAGCCGGUAUAUCAACCGUACAAAAGCCUGGGAAAAUACUUGGCCCAAAAGGACAAAAACAAGUUGGGGGUGUGGUCAGCUGGGAGAGGGGAAAAAUGUCACAGUUAAUUGUGCAUAUAGUGCUUCCGGGAAUUACAUUCCUCCUUUAAUUAUAUUCCCGCGAAAGAGGUUAAGCCCGCUACUAACUAGAGAUGGACCCGAAGGUGCUACCUAUAAAUGUUCCGACAAUGGGUGGAUCAACGAGGGUCUAUUUUACUCUUGGUUAGAACAUUUUAAGAAACAUGCCAAACCAAGCAAAGAUGAUCCUGUAUUGCUGAUAAUGGAUAAUCAUUGUAGCCACAAGUCUCUAAGGAUUUAUGAGUUUUGUAGAGAAAACUUCAUAUCGGUUGUCACAAUUCCACCACACACUUCACAUAGGCUCCAACCGUUGGACGUAUCUUUCUAUAGUGCCCUAAAAACAGCUGUCAAUAGGGAAUGUGAUGUUUUUAUUAAAACAAAACACUAUGCCAAAAUUACUCCCUAUGAUCUAGCUUCUCUUUUUAAUAAAGCCUAUGGAAGAGUAGCAACCAUCGAAAAAGCCGUUUUUGGGUUCAAAAGUACAGGAAUAUUUUCCCUAAACCCAGAGAAGUUCACGGAUGAUGACUUUGCCCCUGUUACUCAUAAAGCAAUUGCUAUGCCAAUUAUCGAUAUAGAUGAAAGCAUAACUACAGGUGAUCAAAAAAAUUCAGAUCAUUUAAACCAAAAAGCUAUAAGUAAAGCAAAAACAGAUGUUCCUCAGCCAGUGGAUGACAUAACAAAACCAGGUCCUUCUAGAUUAAUCGAACCAUCUCCCUUAACUCCAAUUCAUGACGACGCAAGGUCAGGACCCUUAACUGAAGUAUCAACUGCAGUAAAACAAGUAACCAAACAACUGUUCCGUGACCUGACUUCUAUUCCUUUGAGAAACCCAUCAGUACCAAAUAAACGAAAACAACAUUCCGAGAUAAUGACAAACACACCAUUUAAAUUUAUUUUUGAAUCUUCUGAUAAAAAAAGAGAGAAACUGCCACUAAGAAAACGGCUAAAGAAAGAAAUAAGAAGAAAAACGCCGAAAAGAAAAAAAAUGCACUAAAAGUAAAAAGACCGGAAGAAAAAAUAUUACUUUUGACUCGAGUAUAGAUUAUACGAAUCUAUGGAAAGUACUAACAUAAUUGAUGCUGAUGAGAUGGAUGAUUUGGUGGAACCCUGCUCAAGCAUUCCCCAGGGAGAGAAAGACGCCGGUGAUAUUUGUCUGAUUUGUGCUGGGCCUGGCAAGAAUAACGAGUUAUGGUACAGAUGCGUUAUAUGUGGCAACUGGGCACACGCUGAUUGUUCGGGUUCGGAUAGUGCCAGAGAUUAUUUAUGUGACCAUUGUAUAACCUUAAAAUAGUUAUUUUUCUUUUUCUCGUUUUCUACAACUUGUUUAGAAAAAAUAGUUUAAGUUUUGUAUUUAAAAUUAAACUUUAGUUUCUUUAAUAUGUAUCAACAAAUAGUUGGUUUUUAAUUCCUGGGUUUAAUCAACAAAGAUGUUUUUGCUUUACAAUAUAAAAUAUAUUUUCAAAUAAGUAUAAUAUACUAUUAUUGUCCUUUUCAAAUACAAAAUUCGUUCAUAACUGAAGGGUAGGUAUUGUUUUUUGUGUAAUCUAAAUAUAUGGCGAUAAUCGCCAUUUGUGCAUUUUUUUGUUGACGCAUUUCAUGUGUAGUUUAUGUUGAAAAACUAAUAGUCUAAGAGCCAGUGAACUCUUCGACUAACGG